AUGUCUACUGCUCCAUUUGAUGAUAUUAAGCUAGAAGAUAUUCCUGUCGAUGACAUUAGUUUCACCGAUCUAGAGAAAGAAUACCAAUUGGAAGAUGAAUUUGAAUUUGACCAAUAUGUUGUUGUCACUGGUGCUCCAGUGAUUCCAGAAUCUAAGGUCCCUGUUCUACAAAAGGCCCUAACUGGUUUGUUCUCCAAGGCUGGUAAAGUCGUUAACAUGGAAUUCCCAAUCGACCAAGACAGCAAGAAAUCUAAGGGUUUCUUGUUUGUUGAAUGUGCUUCCCCAGAGGACGGAAAGAAGAUCAUUAAGGCUUACCACGGUAAGAGACUGGAUUUGAAGCAUCGUCUUUUCAUCUACACUAUGAAGGACGUUGAAAGAUACAACUCUGAUUCCUUCUCUGCUGAUUUCAAAGAACCAGAAUUACCAGAGUUUGUUUCUUCCGGUUCUUUAACUUCUUGGUUAUUAGAUGAAGAAAACAGAGAUCAAUUUGUUGUUCAAAAUGAUAACGACACCACUGUCUUCUGGAACACUAGAUACGAAGAAAAGAUCGAAAAUUCUAUUGUCGAGUCCAGAAAGGACUGGUCUUCCAACUAUGUUAGAUUUUCUCCAAAGGGUAGUUAUCUAUUUUCAUACCACCCACAAGGUGUCACUGCAUGGGGUGGUGCUAACUUUGAUCGUCUAAGAAGAUUCUUUCAUCCAAACGUUAGAACCUCCUCUGUGUCUCCAAACGAAAAAUAUUUGGUCACUUUUUCUUCUGAACCAAUUGUCUUAACUGAAGACCCAGAUUCUCCGUUCACUUUGAAGAAUGAAGGUCAUCAAAUCUGUAUCUGGAAUAUUUCUUCUGGUUUGUUGUGUGCUUCUUUCCCAUUCGUUAAAGGUCCAAACACUAACUGGCCUCUUGUUAAAUGGUCCUUCGACGAUAACUACUGUGCCCGUAUGGUUGCUGAUAACUUGGUUGUUCAUGAUGCAUCAAAUAACUUCCAAGCCAUGGCUAACAAGGGUUUGAAGGUUGCAGGUAUUAGAGAUUUCUCUUUUGCUCCAACAGGUGUCGAAGUGGCUCCAUUCAGAAAGGGCGAUAAACCAUCUGUCCUAUUGGCUUAUUGGACCCCUGAAACUAACAACAUGUCUUGUAAAGCCAGUGUUGUCGAAGUCCCACGUGGUAGAGUAUUGAAGACUGUCAAUUUUGUUCAAGUCUCUGACGUGACAUUCCAUUGGCAAAACAAGUCCGAAUACUUGGCCUUCAAUGUCACUAGACAUACCAAAUCUGGUAAGACCAAGUUUUCCAACUUGGAUAUCUGUCGUUUGACCGAAAAAGAUAUCCCCGUGGAAAAGAUCGAAUUCAAAGAACGUGUCUUUGAAGUUGAAUGGGAAAAUAAUGGUAACAGAUUCAUUACUAUUUCUAUCGAUGAUGAAACUGAUGAUGGUAAUCCAUCUAUUCCAAGAAAUAUUGUCAGUUUCUUUGCCCCAGAGAAGAAGGACGCUAAGAGCAAGUCUGCCAUUGGUGUUGUCAGUAAGUGGAAGCUUGCCGCCAAGUUAACUGAGAGAUUCUUGAACACUAUCUCUUGGUCUCCAGCCGGUAGAUUUGUUAUUGUUGCGUCUAUCAUCAAACCAAACAUGCGUAAGUGUGAAUUGUUAUUCUACGACAUGGAUUACACUGGUGAAAAGAAUGCUAAUGAUGUUGAAGAUGUUGAAGCUUCUAUCAAGGAAAUUGCCUCUAUCAAUAACGCCAGUUUCACAGAUUUGACAUGGGAUCCAUCUGGUCGUUUUGCAACUGGUUGGUCCAGUGCUUUGAAACAUAAGGUUGACAAUGGUUUCAAGAUAUAUGAUGUCUCCGGUACUUUACUAAAGGACGAAGAUGUUCCAAACUUCAGAAACUUUAUCUGGAGACCAAGACCAGAAUCCAAAUUAUCAAAUGCUGAGAAGAAGAAGGUCAGAAAGAACUUGAAGGAAUGGACUGCUCAAUUCAGUGAACAAGAUCACAUGGCUGCUGACACUGCGGUUAGAGACUUGAUCUUGAAGCAACGUGCUAUGUUGAAGGAAUGGACCCAGUACAGAACCGAAUCAUGUGCUCAAACCGAACAAGAAUUCGGUUACAAAACAUUUGACAUUGAACAGGAUAACUCUGAUGAGGACUACACUGUUGUUGAAGAAUUCAAGGAAGAGGUUGUUUCAGAGACCUCAGAAAAGGUCACCGAAUAG